ACUCGUCCAAUAGAAUUCUACAAUGUAUUUUAACUAUAUACAUGUAUAGUAUGCCUGUUUAUCGGAUAUUAACAAUCAUGUUGUGUAGAGUGACUUUCUUGUUUAGUUUUAUUAUCGGAUUGGAUUACAAACUUACGUUUGUUAAUGCAUCCAAGUUAAUCAUUCUGCUUGUAGACGGAUUCCGUUGGGAUUAUAUAGAAUCUUAUCAUGAUUUACAACUGAGAGGAUUUUCUAGGUUAGUCGACAAAGGAGCCAGGGCUGAAUGGAUGGUACCUGCUUUCCCGACCAAUUCUCUACCCAACUAUAAAUCGCUAGAAACAGGUCUGUAUGUCGAAAGUCAUGGCGUUGUUGGAAAUUUCAUUUAUGAUAGUAAACAUGGGGAUAAACUAGAAUAUAUGCUCAGCGAUGAUGCAAAAUGGUGGACAGAGAAACCCUCAUUCUUUGUCACUGCUGAAAAACAGGGCAUACGGACUGGCCUGUACAAUAUGGGUGGUUGUUAUCUGGAGUUUGACGGUAUAAACGUGUCGUAUUGCUGGCCGUAUCACGAUUCUAGUUCUUUCAAAGAUUCCCAGAAUGAAGUUCUAGAUGCGGUCCGUCGUAUCCACAGUGGAAAAAUUGAAAUCGCUUAUAUAUUACACGCUGAUGUUGACACAAUUGGGCAUUCGUUUGGACCUGGUUCCCCACAGCUAAAACAAGCGGUUAAAGAUACGGACGAGCUGAUUUCAAGCGUUUUCCAGUAUUUGGACACGAAUCAUGUGACUGACGUAAACAUUAUGGUUGUAUCUGACCAUGGAAUGGCCAGCGUUAAUGAUACAAACAUUAUUGACAUCAGUCACGUGGUCGAUAUGAAUGAUAUUGACGAGUUGUUGGAAAGUGGAUCAGUUGCACAAAUAUGGCCAAAGCCUGGGCGGGAAAUGAAAGUGUAUAAAUCACUGAAAGAUUUUCACGAACACCUUCGAGUAUACAACAGGAAGGACAUUCUAGAUAGAUGGUUUUUCAAACAACACAAAUUUAUACCACCUAUAUUUAUCAUGGCGGACUCAGACUGGUGUAUUGUUCAUCCAAGAUCUGGGGACCAUAAAGGUACUCGUACCAUUCACACAUUCAAUGGGAACCAUGGUUUUGACAACAGCGGUCAAGAUAUGAGAGGAAUAUUUCUGGCUUCUGGACCAGAUUUCAAGCAAGGAUACAAAACAAGUGGUAUAUCAAUAGUGGACGUCUACCAGUUGAUAUGUCAUGUGACCGGAAUUAAUCCAAUGCCAAAUAAUGGCACGUGGGCACGGGUUGAACAUAUGUUGAGAGACCACCAUCUUGAACUUUGAGCGAAAAAUUGUGUUUCAUAUGCGGUACAAUAAAAUAUAUGCUUAAAUCAGAUUCGGGCAGACUCAGUGGCCAUGUUCUCAUAAUUUCAAUGUAACGCUGAAAUUCUACAUAACUUUAGUAUCUGUCCCGAGAUUGAAAACAAUGACCUACUGGAUGGACUAAGCACACAGACUUUAGAAUAAGACUUUCAGUUGAUCCCUCAUGAGUCCACUACCUGGGUUAACUGAAAUUGGAUGAUGAGAACACAUGACCGUCAUCCGAGUAUGGUCAGGCAGACCUUUAUAAGAAUUAUACAACUACCAAGUCGCCAAACGACCCUGCUGAUAUUACUGAAUAGCACGAAGAACGUUUAUUGAACAAAUACGAGAAUUAAAAUAUUUUUUACGUAUUAUUAAACGCUCAUUUUGCCCCAAAUUCUAUCGUUUCUAUUCUCAUUUUUUACAUUUUUUUCUGUAACAGUUUCCGAAACUGUAUUUUGUUGGCAAUAAAGGAAGUUUAACCAGAUCUU